AUGAGUAAUUUCCCAGAUCUGGACGAGUUUGAGUCAGGCGCAGUGCCAAGUGGCAGCGAUGACCUUGCUCGCGCUCAGUCUGCCUUUCCCUCCCUAGACGAUGAUGACGACUUUGGCGCACCCGCAGCCGCUCCCUCCGCAACCGCAUCUCGCAGGCCUGCAUCCGGCUUGCAGUUCCCCGCGCUGGACGAGCUCGACAAACCGCGGCAGCCCGCUUUGGCCGACGCAGCCGACGACGAUGACUUCUUGGGUACACCGACACGAGCUACGCAACAAGCCCCCGCGCCAGCUCGGCAGUAUGCUCCCGAUGACUUUAUGAGCUCAUUUGCACGCGAUCCCCCGGCGGCCGCGCCUGCACCAGCAGUACACGAGGAAGACGAGGUGUCCAAAUUCGCCAAUCAGUUUCCUGAUAUCGGUCAGCCCGAGCCCGCGCCGGCGCCUGCCCCUACACAGCAGCUACAACAAAACGGCUACUCCACCGCGCCUCAAUACGCAGCAUCACAAGGUGCCUUUACACAAGCGCCCGAGCCGGAAACAGACGCCAUCAAAGCUUGGAGAGCGAAACAGGCCGAAGAGAUCAAAGAACGCGACGCGCGGUCUGCAGAGAAGCGAGAGGAGACCAUCACGAGAGCCCAAAAGGCUAUUGACGACUUUUACAAGAACUAUAACGAAGCAAAGGAGAAAAACAUUGCGAGCAACAAAGAGGAGGAGUCAAAGUAUUUGUCAGCGCAAACGGACGCGCUCGCAAAGGGCACGACAUGGGAUCGCAUUGCCGAGCUCGUUGAGCUAAAAGACUCGCGAUCAAAGACCAACACAAAGUCCACACGCGACCUCACCAGAUUCAAGGAGCUCAUCCUCAGUCUCAAGCGCGAAGGGGAGACUGCACCUGGCGCCGGGGGCUACUAG